AUGAGUGGAAUUCUAGGGGGAGAUUUGGAGGCAGAGAUAUUAGUUAGAUUGCCUGCAAAGUCACUUAUGCGUUUUAAAUGUGUUCAAAGAUCUUGGAACAUUCUUUUCAAGAACCCUAAAUUUGUUAUUAGGAACAUGCAUAUCCAUAUGUCUAAUGAUGAUGAUGACCACCAUCGUUUCGUUAUCAUUAAACAGUAUACAAAAGAAACAUGCCCUAAAACCCAUAACCACAAUGACAGGAUCUUUGACAAGCCCAUUGAAUCAACUUGCCUAGAAACCCACCUAAUGCUUCUCUCUUUACCUCAACACCCAACACCAACACCCAACCUCAUCAAAUCCCUCUUUCCGAAAAACAUCCCCAUACGAAUAAUCAAAAUAUACGGUCAUUGUAAUGGUAUUUUAUGUUUGGAAUAUGAUUAUGAUUAUACCCUAAGCUUAAUUCUUUGGAACCCUACCACUAGAGAGGUCCAUUUUGUACCCCCACAUCCAGCCUCCUAUAUUCAUCCAGAAUACUUGAUUGGUUUCGGUGCCAAACACAACACCAACGAUUUCAAAGUUGUCAAACUCAAUGUCAACCGUGAAAAACGCUUUGUCUUUUCUCUUUCAUCACUGGAAAUUUACAAUCUUAGAGAUAAAUCGUGGACAAUUAUCCAUAACCCUACUCUUCCUCCGGAUCAAGCCACCAUGCGAGCCACCAUGCGAUAUUAUUCCAAACGACCUAACAAAUACAACAUUCUUGUUAAUGGCAUUUAUCAUUGGAUUACAGGCUACAAUGUGAAAGGUUUUUCCAUCAUUCUCUGCUUUGAUUUCAGCAACAACAAGUUUCACACACUAACGGGUCCUACCACGCGUUUUGCUUCGGAGAUUGGUGCAGAAAAUGUGACUGAGAUCAACGGUUCCCUUGCUUAUGUUGUGCAGUGUUACCAUCCUAUGAUCAGAAUGAGAAUUUGGGUCAUGGAUAAAUUAAAUGGAUGGACCAAAUUAUACAAUUUUGUUUCGCUUGAUUCGACUUAUAUUCAUAAACAUGCUAUUUGCAAGGGGAAGAAGAAUGGUGUUCAAUUCCUCGGAGGAAAGCCAGGACAACUGCUGACAUUAUACGACCAUCAUGGCAACUCACUUCAACAGUUUCAAAUUGUUCUACAUGGUAUACUUGACGCUUUCUUGGUUCAUGAGUAUGUAAAAAGCAUAGCUCCCUUGUCACCAUAG